UCUAGUAAAAAAUCAUUUUUAUUCCGGUCGCUUUUCUUCACUUGACCGGCCAUGAUGUUGAAUGCCGUAACGAAAGCUGCCGCUGGAGCCUUAAGGGCCGUCAAACCCGCACUUUUACAACCCGAAGUCGCUAAAGUUUCUGGAGUUUUAUCCGUAAACAGACGUGACUAUGCAGCGAAAGCAGCCACAGCACCAAAAACUGGUGUAGCCCAAGGUAAAGUCGUUGCUGUUAUUGGUGCGGUCGUCGACGUACAAUUCGACGAUGCACUGCCGCCAAUUCUCAAUGCCCUUGAGGUACAGAACCGCACUCCCCGUCUCGUGUUGGAGGUGGCACAGCAUCUUGGUGAAAACACCGUCCGUACAAUUGCCAUGGACGGUACCGAGGGUCUGGUUCGUGGACAGCCAGUACUCGACUCCGGAUACCCAAUCCGUAUUCCCGUUGGUGCUGAAACUCUUGGCCGUAUUAUAAAUGUUAUCGGUGAGCCAAUUGAUGAACGUGGUCCAGUUAACACCGACAAAUUGGCAGCCAUCCAUGCCGACGCUCCCGAGUUCGUGGACAUGUCCGUCGAGCAAGAGAUCUUGGCUACGGGAAUAAAAGUCGUCGACUUGUUGGCUCCUUACGUAAAAGGAGGAAAGAUUGGUCUUUUCGGUGGAGCCGGAGUAGGAAAAACUGUAUUAAUUAUGGAGCUGAUCAACAACGUGGCUAAAGCUCACGGAGGUUACUCAGUAUUCGCUGGUGUGGGAGAACGUACUCGUGAGGGUAACGAUCUCUACCACGAAAUGAUUGAAACCGGUGUAAUUUCAUUGAAAGACAAAACAUCUAAGGUAGCGCUGGUCUACGGGCAAAUGAACGAGCCACCUGGUGCACGUGCCCGAGUAGCCUUGACUGGUUUGACCGUUGCCGAGUACUUCCGUGAUCAAGAAGGACAGGACGUGCUGUUGUUCAUUGACAACAUCUUCAGGUUCACCCAAGCCGGUUCAGAAGUAUCUGCUCUGCUGGGUCGUAUCCCCUCUGCUGUAGGUUACCAGCCAACUCUGGCCACUGACAUGGGUACCAUGCAGGAACGAAUUACCACCACCAAGAAGGGCUCAAUCACAUCAGUACAGGCCAUCUAUGUACCUGCUGACGAUUUGACUGAUCCCGCUCCUGCUACCACAUUCGCUCACUUGGACGCCACCACGGUAUUGUCCCGUGCCAUCGCUGAGUUGGGUAUCUACCCAGCUGUAGAUCCUCUCGACUCCACUUCCCGUAUCAUGGACCCCAAUGUCAUCGGCCACGAGCACUACAACAUCGCUCGUGGUGUCCAGAAAAUCUUGCAAGAUUACAAAUCUCUCCAGGAUAUUAUUGCCAUCUUGGGUAUGGAUGAAUUGUCUGAAGAAGACAAAUUGACUGUUGCCCGUGCACGUAAGAUCCAGAGGUUCCUGUCUCAGCCUUUCCAGGUCGCUGAAGUCUUCACUGGACACCCUGGUAAAUUGGUACCACUCACAGAAACCAUCAAAGGAUUCCAAAAGAUUUUAGCCGGUGAACUCGAUCACUUGCCAGAGAUCGCAUUCUACAUGGUCGGACCCAUCGAAGAAGUCGUUGCGAAAGCAGAAACACUCGCUAAAUCAUAAGCUGUUUAUUUAAUAAUAAUAUAUAAAUAAAUGUUUUAUGAUUACCACAAAUAUUCAGCAAGAUGUUGAAUAUUGAACGUGAGAACCUGCGUUAAUAAACAGUCGAAUUAUAAAAAAAAAAAAAUAUAAACAUUUAAACGACAGCAAUUUAAAUAAACAAUUUUCGAGACCGGAAUUAUCUUCCAUAACUAAAACUCAGGUUCUCUAUAAAUUGUGUAGUUGAACUUGUGCUGUAGUUCAAUUUAAAAAUAAUUUUAUUUUUUUU